GAAGAAGAUAAGAUUUUGAAAUAUCUCAGAUUUUCUUUCCCUCUCCGCCAUUAACAAUCCACACACCUCAAACCCCCAAAUUUCCAGUUCAUUCACCACUAAAACCCUAACAAUUUCAAUGUCGAAUACUUCAACAUGAGUUCCGCAACCAGCAUGACCACCGCUCCGGCCUGUUUUCGCCGGAACUUUGUUCCACUAUCGCCGUGCAGCUCCUGUUGUGACCUCCGAUUUCAUCCGUUCAUUUCUCCGUACGUCAAUUAUGACCGUAGACGGAGAUUUCAACCUGUUAAAUGUGUUUCUAGGUUAGUGGUUAGUGGCAACCGAGUGGUUAAAUGCAAGGCGGUUGAAGCGGAGACUGGACCGAGUGAAGAUGAUGAUAAAGAAAAAGAAGUGCAUGAAGUGGUUGAAGCUGCAGAAUCCACAAAUUCAAGUAGUUCAACCAUUGAUGAUGAUAAAGGAAAAGAUAAGGGGAAGCCUAGUCAGUUGGAAUUACUCAACAAAUUCCUGGAUGGUAACAAGGCUCAAGAGCCCAGCGAGAAUAAAGUCCAAUCAAGUCAACUGGAGGGGCUUAACAGAUUACUAAAUACAGAUGUUGUCGAGGCUGAACCUAAAGAAGUCACUAAGGAGGCUGAUAAUAUAGAGAUUACAAGCGGAUCACCGCUGCCAGGUGUGAAGCCACAGGAACUUGAUGACGUAAUCAUGAUCCCAAAGGAAACCAUCGAUAUACUUAAAGACCAAGUGUUUGGAUUCGACACUUUCUUUAUUACUAGCCAGGAGCCAUAUGAGGCUGGGGUGUUGUUUAAAGGAAACCUGCGAGGAUCGGCUUCUGUGAGUUACAAAAAGAUCGAAAAACGGCUGCAGGACACUUUUGGGGAGCAAUAUAAGCUCUUUCUUUUGCUGAAUCCCGAAGAUGAUAAACCUGUGGCGGUUGUGGUUCCAAAAACGACCUUACAACCAGAAACAACUGCUGUCCCUGAAUGGUUUGCUGCAGGGGCUUUUGGAUUAGUUACAAUAUUCACAUUACUACUACGCAACGUGCCAGCAUUGCAGUCCAACUUGUUAUCCGUUGUUGACAAUAUCGAUUCAUUAAAGGAUGGGAUUCCUGGAGCCCUGGUGACUGCACUUGCUUUGGGUGUACAUGAAAUCAGCCACAUUUUGGUAGCCAGAAGUGCAGGCGUUAAGCUUGGGGUUCCGUUUUUCGUACCAAGUUGGCAGAUAGGCUCGUUUGGUUCAAUAACAAGGAUUCUAAACAUUGUACCAAACCGCGAGGAUCUUCUUAAGAUCGCAGCAGCAGGACCUUUAGCAGGCUUUUCGUUGGGCCUCGUUCUUUUGCUUUUGGGCUUUUACUUGCCACCAAGCGAUGGUAUAGGGAUCGUUGUUGAUGCAUCUGUAUUUCAUGAGUCUUUUCUCGCUGGCGGAAUAGCAAAACUGCUUCUUGGCGAUGUUCUUAAAGAGGGAGCAACGAUAUCAGUGAACCCGCUGGUGCUUUGGGCUUGGGCUGGACUUCUCAUCAAUGCACUCAACAGCAUCCCUGCUGGCGAGCUAGACGGUGGACGGAUUUCUUUCGCAAUAUGGGGACGAAAAGCUGCGUAUCGCUUGUCAGCUGUUUCUAUCGCGUUGCUGGGUUUGUCAUCUAUACUUGAUGACGUGGCAUUUUAUUGGGUCGUGUUGAUAUUCUUUUUACAACGUGGGCCCAUUGCUCCGCUGAGUGAGGAAAUUAGUGAGCCCGAUAACAAAUAUGUUGCAUUGGGAGUUAUAGUUUUAGUGAUGAGUUUGUUAGUUUGUUUGCCUUAUCCAUUCCCUUUCACAAGUGAAGCAAUUACAAGUCUUUAGUGAUAUAUACUCACUAUAUUGUUAUGUCUAUUAACAUCCUAUAUUUUGAAUAUACAUGCUUGUACUAUUUUUUCACAAGUGAUAUGAAAUGUUAUUUUAUUGCUGAA